CUCUGUGCCCAUGCAGCCAACUUGCAACAUGGCCUGGCAGAAAGACAAGAAGCCCAAGAAGUCCACCUGGAAGUUUAAUUUGGACCUUACUUAUCCAGUAGAAGAUGGAAUUUUUGAUUCUGGAAAUUUUGAGCAAUUUCUACGGGAGAAGGUUAAAGUUAAUGGCAAAACUGGAAAUCUCGGGAAUGUUGUUCACGUUGAAGGCUUCAAGAAUAAUAUCACUGUUGUUUCUGAGAAACAGUUCUCUAAAAGGUAUUUGAAAUACCUUACCAAGAAAUACCUUAAGAAGAACAAUCUUUGUGAUUGGCUUCAGGUGGUUGCAUCUGACAAGGAGACUUAGGAACUUCAUUACUUCCAGAUUAGUCAAGAUGAAGAUGAAUCAGAGUUGGAGAGCUAAGCAAAGGCUUCCCUUACAGGGCUUUGCUUAUUAAUAAAAUAAAUGAAGUAUAUAUGAGAAAUACCAAGAAAUUGGCUUUUAGUUUAUCAGUGAAUAAAAAAUACUGCACUUUU